AUGUCGCAAUCAAGCAUCCUCGCGCAGGAGUUUCCAAACACACGGGAGCGCGCCGAGUACAUCAAGAGGUCGCGUCAGAUUUUCAAGGAGGAUUUGCUUAUGGGAAAGAUCGACGAGGACGGGGUCUCUGAAUACUGGUACAACUGGGUUGUGGACUUUGCGGUCUGGCGCAAGGCCAUGGAGAAGGUCGAGCCGACCAAGCAAGAGAGCUUCCCUUGGAGACACAGCGUCCCUGCCUCGAAGCCCCGGGACCCCUCCGACGUGGCCGUUUGGUUCCCAAAGUUCAAGGCGGACUUCGCCGCGCUAGCGACGCUGUCCGCCUCUGAACGAAUGGAGCGCGGGCUCGAGGCGAUACCCGAGCAGCCCAGUCUUCAGCGGACCCAACCGAACAUUGCUACGAUUGAGCUCCGACAGGACAUAUGGGACGAGGUCUUUCCUGACGAGCCGUGUACCGAGGGACGACCCUUUGAAAUCGGCGUGCCCAAGUACCUCGACUUUGAGCAACACGUGUGUGCGGACGACGCCAACCAGAUAAAGUGGCUUCCAUCCUGCGUGCGUAUCGAUAUUGCCGAUCGAGAGUGCCCAGAGGGCAACGUGAUCAAUGCGAUUGUCGUCAGCCCUCAGGAAAAUACCGAGGAUACAGCAUGGAGUAGACUUUUGCUGGGCGUGGUCUACAAGACUGUCGUCAGCUGGGCCCGCGAGGUGUUUUUGACUCGCAAGAGCACACCUCUGAGCGAAGCCCUCGCCGACAUUGACGUCUCGUCGUUCUUCAAGAACGCCACACUUUCCCUCAGCGAGGAGAUGCAGCGGCUGAGUCUCGAAAAGUCCCUGGUCGACGAGUGCAACGCCCAGCUGGCGUUGGCGCCCUACAAGAGCGACUCUGAGUAUGUAGAGUUGCGUAUCGCCGCGUGGCUUGAGGCCGAGAAGAGCCUCGUUGCCGAGAAGCGGUACGAGAUACUGGUGGACUGGUGUGACAAAACACACGUCAACUUUGAGUCUCUCACCCAGGCCGACCAGCGCGUGGCGUGUUUUCGUGCUUGGGAAGGAAAGAUCAAGGAGUGGGCUCAGGAGAACCCAAUACGAUUCGUGUCCUGGACGGAAGAGCAGAGUUUUGCUACUAUGAUGCUGGAGGAAACUGGACUGACAUCUGUUUCAUCCGUCAGAGAGAUGAAGAGAGCUCGUUCGUCAUCAUUGGGGCGGACUGGAAACCCCACAAAGAAGACGCGGAGAGAACAAAGUAUUACUUAUGGACAGUGA